AUGCGUGGAUUACAUAUACUGACACAGGGUCCGUCCUGGCUCGCCGUAUCUCAUCUCCCCUUCUUGUGUACCCAGCCGACCGUCAUCGCGGUGGCCAUGGGAGAGCUCGAUGCGACAUAUGGAGCCGCGCUCAUCGGAGCCUUCAUGUGCGCUGUACUGUUUGGGAUGACCAACUUGCAGAUGUUCAUUUACUUCCAAGGGUAUUCGAGUGACGGAGUGUGGAGCAAGCUGACCGUCUGCUGGCUCUGGCUUGUAGAUGCGAUUCACUUGGCAUUCGUCGUACACAUGGUCUACUGGUAUCUCGUCAUCAACCAUUCCAUCCCUUCAGCGCUCGCGGUCAUUGUAUGGACGUUCAAGGCUCAAGCCAUGUUAAACGUAAGCUCUUCAGCGAACAUCUUCUGCGGAUGUGACUCGGAUUUCGCGCAGGCGAUCGUCGUAAUCUCAGUGCAGUCGCUAUACGCCGUGCGUGUAUGGAAACGCCAUCUACACGAUCUAUCCAUCUUCACUCUUGAUGUGCAACACCGGGUAGUCAGCAUGGCAUUCAGCAUGGUGGACAACCGCGCUCUAGCGUUCCUAAAGUUCCUCCUCAUCACAGUCGCCGUCAUUGUCAUUCUAGCGUACGGCGUACUGAUCGCACUCUGCUAUGAGAUCAGCCGCUUCCGCGAAUACACCGACUUCCUCGUCGCGAGAUACGUGACGUACCUCCCCCUUGGCGUGGCGACGUGCGUCGACGCGAUCAUCGCGUCCGCGCUCUGCUACCUCCUGCGGCGCUGCCGCACGGGCUAUUCGAAGAUGGACUCAACGAUUUCGGUGCUGAUGCUGUUCACGGUGAACACCGGCAUCCUCACCACGCUGUGCUCGUUGACGGCGAUGACGAUGUUGGCAACGCUCCCGGAUACGUUCGCGGCGAUCAGCGUCAAUCUUACCGUCACGCACCUCUACGUGAACUCGUUUAUGGCCAUGUACGUUCCCGCGGGAUAUUGCUGA